AUGGAAUCGUCACGUGGUUCAAGUAGUAAAGCACAAAGUCGCCAUUGUCGUAAUAUUCGUUUAGAAGAACAAAAUCAUGAUUAUCGACGUAAUUAUCUUCCAUUUACUAUUCCAUCAUCGUUUUACAAUAUUGUACAUGUUCAUCGAUUUACUACCAAUGAUACUAUUUCAACAUUAAUUAAUCAUUUCGAAUCAUGUUAUAGAUAUUCAAUUGAUACAGAAUCAGAUCGGUUUACAUAUGAUUUAUCUCUUAUUCAAGUUCAUUCGAUUCCUCAACAUUUACCAUCAUUUAUUGUAUUAUUUGAAAUUAACCAUCUACCUCCAUCAGAUUCAUCAUUAAUGGGUAAAAUUAAAUUAUUAUUUAGUCUUUUAUUUCGUUUAGGAAAUAUUAUUUUUUCUUGGGGAUCGAUGUCUGACGAAUUAAAAUCUGCUAUUCAAAUGAAUUUAUUUACAUGGCCAGUGUCAGCAUUAUGUAUUAAUUUGCAAGAUGAAUUUCCUGGUUGGUAUCGAAGGGCACUGCCUCCGUGCGAGGCAUGUGGCUCGAUUCAAUCCUCGAACAAGGCCAUGUCUUCAAAAUCUCGAUGCAUUUGUACAAGCAAUUUCCCUUAUGUUAAAUCAACAGACAAGUGGUCAUUACAAAAUGCGAUCCGUUAUACUGUUAAUCGUUUUCUUGAUAAAUCAUCAACAAAAAAGAAUUGGAAUAUUAUGUUAGAUCCAAAUUAUUCACCAUUAUCAUCAUAUGAACGAUGUAAACGAAUUAAUUAUGCAAUUUAUGAUUGCUUUGCAGUUACCUUAUUACAUCAAGCAAUUUAUGAUAAAUGGACGUUAACUCAACUUCGUGAAGCAGAAUUAAUAUCUUUAUUUACUUCGAAUGCUCCACCUCAUUCUUCAUCAUUAUCUUCAUCAACAUUAUUGGAAAAUAUUUCUGAAGAUGAAAAUGAAACAAAAUCAACAUCAUUAUCUAUUUCAAAUGCUCUACUUCGUUCAUCAUUACCUUUAUCAAAUUUAUUAGAAGACAUUUCUGACGAUGAAGGUGAGGAUGAUGAAGUAUUUAUUUCAUCUCUUUCUAGGCAUCAUGAUACAGAUCAAUUAGUUAAUACAACUCGGCAUGUUGACGUUUUUUCUACUGCAAUUCCUGAAAAUGAUGUUAUAGAACUUAUUCCAUCUGAUCAAGAAUUAUCUUCUAACGAACUACCUCAACCACGUCGCAAAUGUCGAUCAACAACAGCAAGAAUACGUCGUAAUCGUAAACGUAAUAUGGUCAAACGUUCAUAUCGUGAUCGACAUAUCAUUUAUCGAAACGUCUAUCAUCGAUUUACAUUAAAGCAAAUUAAAAAUAUUCUUCGUGAUCGUGAUGUUCGAUAUGUUCAUCCAAAACUCGAUAAAUCUUCACGAAUUUUAUCAAUUGGAAUGAAAAAAUCAUCUUUAGUGGACUUAUAUUUUGAUCGCAUACCUGGUGAUUUAUUUGAUAAAUUUCAUUAUCAACAAUAUCGUCGACAAGAACAUUAA